ACAGACGCGCGUCGACGCUGAGACGCUGCGCGUCGCGACGUUAAAAGACGAGAUUUUCUCCAUUUACUCCGAUUAUUUUUUCAAUUGGACAGAAAAUUUUAAUAUUUCAAUUGAUUAUCACACGUGAAGGAGGAUGUGGAAGGAUUCAUAGGGCAAAAUCUAAAAAAGCAAGCUCAACAUAUCGUGUUGCUGUGGAUAAAAUGCCAGUUAUCGAUGUGUAUUGAUUAUCAUUGUUAUGCACGAAAAGGAAGAGGUCAUUCUGUCACAGUUAAACUAGUGGAUAAUUAUUUUGGAAUUGGUGGAAAAUUGAUUAAAAAAAUAGAGUUAUGGAUUCGACAACUGAAGGUGAACAUAUUGAGAAGCUGGAGAAGGAAGCAGAGAGUCUGAAAAUUCGUCUUGAGGAUGAGAGGAAGAAAUUGAAUGACGUUACACUUUGCGAAGUGGCAGACAGACUGCAAGCCAUAAAUUGUAUAAAUGUGAAGCCACGAAGAGUUUUGAAGGGACACCAGGCAAAAGUUUUGUGCUCAGACUGGUCACCAGACAAGCGUCACAUAGUGUCGUCGUCUCAGGACGGUAAAAUGAUAAUUUGGGAUGCAUUUACAACGAAUAAAGAGCACGCUGUUACAAUGCCAACGACUUGGGUGAUGGCGUGUGCAUAUGCACCGACUGGAGCUCUCGUGGCAUGCGGUGGUCUUGACAACAAAGUCACUGUCUAUCCACUGAGCCUCGAGGAUGAUGUCACAACAAGGAAAAAGACUGUUGGCACACACACAUCUUAUAUGUCUUGUUGUGCAUUUCCCAACAGUGAUCAACAAAUUUUAACUGGCAGUGGAGACAGUACUUGUGCUCUCUGGGAUGUAGAGAGUGGACAAUUGCUACAGAAUUUUCACGGUCACUCCGGUGACGUUAUGUCAAUUGACUUGGCACCCAGUGAAACGGGUAACACAUUUGUCUCUGGAAGUUGCGAUAAAAUGAUUCUUAUUUGGGAUAUGAGGAGUGGUCAGUGUGUACAGAGUUUUGAGGGACACGACUCUGAUGUUAAUUCUGUGAGAUUCCAUCCGAGUGGUGAUGCUGUUGCAACAGGAUCAGACGAUGCAACAUGUCGUCUAUUUGAUCUACGUGCUGACAAGGAGGUGGCAGUCUAUGCCAAAGAGAGUAUUAUAUUCGGAGCAAAUUCGGUUGAUCUCAGUGUGAGUGGGCGUUUGUUAUUCGCUGGAUAUAAUGACUACACUGUAAACAUCUGGGAUACAUUGAAAUGCCAGCGUGUUGCUCUUUUAUACGGCCACGAAAAUCGAGUCUCAUGUUUACGUGUAUCACCCGAUGGCACUGCCCUGUCCACUGGUAGUUGGGACACUACACUUCGUGUUUGGGCUUAAUAUACUCUAAUUGAUCCUCAACUUGCCAAAUUAUUCACGAAUUUAAUUUAUGCUACUGGACUUCUUCAUUCCACUUUAUUUAUUUAUUUAUCAACUUAUAUUCAGUCGUAUUUUAAUGAAAAAAGUACCAACGUGCAUUUAACUAACAUUAAAACAGGAUAGCCAUAAAAUGUUAUUGUAAAUCAGAGGUAAAGUUUAGAGUAAUGAUUAAAAAUCAAUGUAUCUAUGUACCAAAGAAUUAUUCACUUGAAUUAUCAGAUAGAGUGUAUUGACAGUAUUUCAUCUGUUACGUUGCUAUCAUCGAUAAUGAAAUGUUUAUUGUACUAGGCUGGUCCUAAGUUGCACAUUUUCCAGAGAAUUGAUGAGCCAUGUAUCUGUAUAAUUUGUUAUUAGAAAACUAGCCAUUGCAUUAUUCGUCAGUUGAAUCUUAUAUAAAAAGACUAAUAACUAAUAAAAUUUAA